AUGCGUAGUCGUCGAGAUAAUUCCUGGGUAGUUCAGAAGUUUGGUGGAACUAGCAUUGGUAAAUUCCCAGACAAGGUUGCUGAGAUUGUGAAAAGUGCUAGGCUUGGAGGUGAUAGACCAGCAGUAAUAUGCUCCGCAAGAAGUUCCGGAAAGAAAGUCUUCGGAACAACGAGUAGGCUGCUACAAGUCUACCGCACAUUGAGAGGCAUCGUAGCCAUAACUCAAGACCCUGAUAUGCAAGAGUUGCUAUUCGACAGACUUCGCAGUAUCAUUCGAGAUAUCCGUGACGACCAAGUCGCCACUGUCCAGAUAUAUAUCUUGAGACAGGACAUCCGUGACGAGACAAUUCGACAGAUCACGGCGGACUGCCAAGAAUUGCUCGACUACACUUCCGCUGCCAAGCGCUUCAACCUCGACAUCAAUGGCAAGGCAAAAGAUAAAAUGGUCAGCUUCGGUGAGAAGCUGAGCUGUCGACUCAUGGUUGCCAUGCUACGAGACAGAGACAUCCCAGCAGAAUACGUUGAUCUCUCCGACAUUGUACCCAGCAAUAACCUGGAUCAGUUGAAGCCUGAGUUCUUCCAUGAAGCUGCUGCAGUCUUUGGAAAGCGAGUCGAAGCGUGCAAUGGGAGAGUUCCCGUCAUCACUGGGUUUUUCGGCGCGGUCCCGGGGAGUUUGAUAGACAGCGGUAUUGGGAGAGGAUAUUCUGACUUGUGUGCUGUUUUGGUGGCGAUCGGUCUACAUGCAGAGAGGGUUCAGAUUUGGAAAGAGGUUGAUGGUAUUUUCACAGCUGAUCCGAGAGAAGUCCCUGACGCUAGAUGUCUGCCUUCGAUCACGCCAUCAGAAGCAGCUGAACUGACGUUCUAUGGAUCAGAGGUCAUUCAUCAUCUUGCACUGUCUCUGGCAAUUCAAGCAAAGCCUCCAGUCAGCAUCUUUGUCAAGAAUGUACAGAAGCCGUGGGGUCAAGGAACUGUUGUGAUUCCCAGUGAUGGUGACGACACAUCUUCGUGGCCGAUCGAUUACCUAGAUCCUUCUGACUCGGAGAGUACUUCCUCUACCGCGCUGCCAAAGAUGCCAACUGCUGUCACUAUCAAGCGAGACAUCACCAUCUUCAACAUCCUCAGCAACAAACAGUCCAUGUCUCACGGCUUCUUCGUCAAAGUCUUCACCAUCCUGGCUGAGCACGAUAUCUCGGUCGAUCUGAUCUCCACCUCAGAGGUCCAUGUUUCUAUGGCAAUUAACAGUUCCAACAUGGAUCCAUCACAGAUCAAGAAUGUUCAGUGCAGACUUGCUGAAGAAGGAGAGGUAAAUGUGCUGCCCGACAUGGCUAUUCUGAGCCUCGUGGGUGCUGAGUUGAAGAACAUGACUGGCAUUGCGGGGAGGAUGUUUGCCAUAUUGGGGGAGCAGCAUGUCAACAUUGAGAUGAUCUCGCAAGGUGCGAGUGAGAUCAACAUAUCAUGUGUGAUUCCGGAUAAGGACGCUACUAGGGCUCUGAAUAUGUUGCACGAUGAAUUGUUCACAAAGAAUGCCAUAUAG